AUGGCAAUAACACAUGAUCGAAAUGCAAAGUUGAAGGAUCGACCUCUAGUCGACAAGUUCUUCCGAGACAUUCAAGGCCAUCGGACGCUGGAGGAUCCUAAGACUUGCUCCUGGCUUGCGAACCUCCCCUUUGACAUGUGUGAUGACUCAAUCCCACUGUUUGUGGAGGGCGACGAGUCUAGAGAUGAUUCAACUCCAAACCCCGUCAUUGGUAUUGGCCGGCUAUUCGUGCAUGCUAGGAAUGAUACAGGGGGGCGCACGUCCAAAUGGACAGGCUACGAGGUGUUUGUGGACCGAUCCCUUUCGCUCUGGAUAGUAUUCGACAUACAUUCGGAUAACCCUCCAGCCUCAGACUGGUACCCAGUCCCUAGUCGACUCUGCUCCGAAGACGACCAAGCACCCGACAUGGCUCGCUUUCUACCCACCCUCCAAGAUCUUGCGCAUGCCACCUUCGAAGCCGCUAGAAACACUGUAAAAUCGACAGGGAUGUCGGGCAAUAUGAAAGCUGGCCUGAUUGCCAAAGAAGAGGUGGCCGGUCUUUUCAGCAGCAGCUAA